UAUUGCUGCUGUAAUUGUCUAUAUCUUGAAACUAUCUGAUAUAUUGUGCUUUUAUAGGCCACAGCAGAAGCAAUAUGCAGACGUAUUGGUGUUUUUGAAGAAGAUGAGGAUACUUCUGAGGAAUAUUUGCAGAAAACAGGCUUAUCUUUUUCUGGAAGAGAAUUUGAUGAAUUAGCACCAUCUGAACAAAGGUUAGCAUGCUCAAGGGCUAGACUGUUUUCACGUGUUGAACCUGCACAUAAGAGUAAAAUUAUUGAAUAUCUCCAAGCAGAUGGUGAAAUUUCGGCAAUGACAGGAGAUGGUGUGAAUGAUGCACCAGCUUUGAAAAAAGCAGAAAUUGGUAUUGCUAUGGGUUCUGGAACAGCAGUGGCUAAAUCUGCUUCUGAAAUGGUCUUGGCAGAUGAUAAUUUUUCUACGAUUGUUGCAGCAGUAGAAGAAGGUCGUGCUAUCUAUAACAAUAUGAAACAAUUCAUACGUUAUCUCAUAUCAUCAAAUAUAGGAGAAGUUGUCAGUAUUUUCUUAACUGCUGCCCUUGGCCUUCCAGAGGCUUUAAUUCCAGUACAGCUGCUAUGGGUUAAUCUUGUGACUGAUGGCUUGCCAGCCACAGCUUUAGGUUUCAAUCCUCCAGAUUUAGAUAUAAUGGAAAGGCCACCUCGUAAAGCUGAUGAAUCAUUGAUUUCUGGAUGGUUAUUUUUUAGAUAUAUGGCAAUAGGAGGAUAUGUUGGGGCUGCCACAGUAGGUGCUGCAUGCUGGUGGUUUAUGGCUGCACCAAAUGGUCCUCAUCUCAGUUACUAUCAACUAACUCAUCACUUAGCUUGCCAUCAGGAUUCAGAUCAAUUUGUGGGUGUGGAUUGCACAAUAUUUUCAGAUCCUCAUUCCAUGACAAUGGCUUUAUCAGUGCUGGUUACCAUAGAGAUGCUGAAUGCCCUAAACAGCUUAUCCGAAAACCAGUCCCUGCUUUUGAUGCCUCCCUGGACUAAUUUAUGGUUGAUUUCAGCCAUUACAUUGUCAAUGACAUUGCAUUUCAUUAUUCUUUAUGUGGAUAUUCUUUCAGCAGUUUUCUCUGUGUGCCCAUUAUCAGUUAAAGAAUGGCUGGUUGUCUUGAAAAUAUCAUUUCCUGUUAUUAUUUUGGAUGAAACAAUGAAAUUCUUCUCGAGGAAAUUUGUGGAAGGCCGAAAUCCUUUCUCUGAACUGCAUUGGAUGUUGGCAAUGUGGGCUGUUUAUAUUGCACUCAUGAUAUAUUCACCCAUUUAAAGUGGCUGUGAUAGUGACUAGAAUCUGGAAACAGUUGCAUCCAAAUUUCGUUACUGUAAAUGUUUAAGUAUGUCUGAAGUUUAAACUGUGUUGGAAGGCAACACUUCUGAAUGUCAAGCUACAAUUGUCUUAUAGCUGCGGGAUCUGAUAUCAAUUUGACGUUUCAGAUUAUUGCACAACAGUGCAGAAAAAUUUUAUCAGUACCUUGAACUGAUGUCUUCUAGACUAACAAAAAUUUUAUUUAUUGUUCUUUUCUAAUAUAUUUAUUAGCAUAUUAUGCUUAGUUUUAUGGGGAGUAAACUUGCUGGCUCACAUAACUGUGUGUAGCAUGGCCCAUUUUUAAUUAUUUAGUUUCAUAAUUUUUGAUGACUUUUAUUUCUCACUUAGCUAAUUUAUAAUCAUUUUAUGGUUUAAAAUGCAGUUUCACUUUUAUAUAGCAUAUAUAUACACUUUUUUUUUUUUUUUUUCAAUAUUUUGACUCAGUGGAACACAGGCAAUUUUAAAGAACAGGCAAUAUUCUCUGUAAAACUAGUAACUGAUAUUUAUAUUAAAAAAGUAGUAUAAUCUCGUGAUGCUUAAAUGCAAACUUUAUUUUCUGUGAUGAGAUAAUUAUUUUUAUUUUGCAAAUAUUUUUGUAGUAUCUUUUUGUUAUGCUGCUAAUAUAUGCUGUUGGAAUUAUACAUUCCAUUUAAAUAAGAACGAAGCUUAUUCUUCAGCUUUUGCAUUUAAUAAACCUCUUAGGUAUUUGCUUUCUGUCUUUUGUUAUAAAUUUUCAUUUAUUUUAAGCUUUUUUAAAUUAAUAACUUUUGAAUUAUUUUUAGAAAAAUUUUCCAAAUGAAUUUAGCAUAAAGUUCAGCUGAUUAGUGCUUUUUCCUUUAUACCAAAGAUAUAUUUUAUUUAUGCAUUUUCAAACAGCCAGAAAUUGCUGGUGAAUAUAAAUUUCACAUUCAACAACUUUCAUUAUAACCUGCUAUUCAGAAUUUAAGUUCGAUUUGAUGUAGACAUUAAAGUUGCAGUCAGAUUUAUGUAGUACUUUUUAGAAAAUAGCAUUAAAAUUCCACCAAAUGCUGGAUUAUAUGGAGAGUUGCUGAAUGAAAUAUAUGUUUAUUACCUUGAUAAAAAUAAUAUUUAAAAAAGGUAAUGUUACAUUUAAGUGCUGAUGUUGCUUAUUACAUGUGCAUUAUAUUGUGCUGAAAAUUGGCUAUUGAAGAUAGAAAACUUAAGAUAGUUAUGUAAUAGCAUUCUUUAAAAUUGAUGAGUUUGCACAUUUAGCAUAGAUUUUGGCAUCUAUGCAGUAUACUUUCCUUAUAAUAUUGCUGUGUAACUCGAUAUACUGCUUCCGUAAUUAGGUAAUUAAGUUUUGAAAAUGCAAACUUUUUUUACUUGUUAAUAAGUUUGGGCAAUCAGUUUUCUUUAAUUCUACUUAUGGUUGCUUGGUCUUUUUCUUUCUGCUAAUUAUAAUAUUUUAAUGAACUUGUCAUUGUAUGGGUAAAUGGAAGACUACUUAAUAAGUACUUGUUUUGAUACUUAUUUGCAUACAAAAUUUUAUAUGCUGGUAUUAGUUGUGAUUAUUCAAAAUACUCUUUUUAGCUCUAAAUUCUCUAAAAUUCAAAUGCAUUUUUCAUGCUUAAGUGUAUAAUGGAUUAAAUAACUUAUUAAAAUGGCAAUACUUUUUAGUUGAGUAAAGAUAAAAAUCUUGUAUAUAAUUUUUUUCAUUAAAUUUUAUUAAAAAUUGUAAUAACCGGAGCAGUAUCCUCAGGUGUAGAAUGCAGUUAUACAUAUGCAAAACAUCGAUAUUUAUCUGUAAAUAUAAAUAUAUGUAGUCAAAAUAAAGACUCAGAUGAUUUUUAGUUUACAUUUUCCUGAGUGCAUUGUCAUCUGAAUGUUGGUGUGAUUUCAAUUUUUCAUUAUAUUUACUGCCAUUGUAAUUCACACUUCUUGUAGACAAGAUAUAUCAGCCUUUUUUUUCCCUCCGGAGUCUGCCAUCUAUAUUAUCUAAUGUACAGAUGUACGUAUGUUCGCUGAGGAAGCUCGAGUUUCCUUUUGAGAAAUCAGGUUUUUAUAAUGAGUAUUAAUAAAUAUUUGUUGGCCGACAGUGA